UGUCAGCCAGACAGGGAUCCUUCCUCCGUCAAAAUAUACCACAAAGAUGUCAUGCUCGGAUAACCCGGCUGGAAAUUCGUUUCUGGUGGACUCCCUAAUCAACGGACGGAUCGAGGGCAGCGGCUCGUGCUACCCGAGCGCUGGCUUAUAUUUGCCCCCUGGUUCCGAGUAUUCCUACGGACUACCUAACUGUGGCUAUUUCCCUGGAUUUAAACGCAGCGAGGGUCAGUCUCAGACUGUGGUCCCAUCAUCGAGCCCUUAUCCGCAGGGCAUGGACGCAUGGCUGGGGGCGUCUCGGUCGUGUCGCGUGGAACAGACCAUCAGCCAACCUGCCCGCACCUUCUCCCCGAGUAUUAAGGAAGAGAGCUCGUACUGUUUGUACGAACCGGAGAAGUGUCCCAAAGACUCACUGACCGAGGAGGUGUACUCGCGCGGAACGCCAGACUCGUGUCCAGUGAACAGCAGCGGCACCGUUCCCGUACCCGGUUACUUCCGCUUGUCUCAGACAUACACGACCUCAAAAUGUUUCUCUGAGCUUCAGUCCAAUUCCCCUCACUUUCCUCCACCACGCGCAGCCUGCUUCGACACCUCACCGUCGGCCUCGCCUGCACCAGAGACAGUCAGGCGAGAGAGCGACGCACCCCCUACAUGCGCACCUUGCACACCAGCGCGAGACAAGGAGACGCAGGACUAUUCCGCCGGUGCCUCGUCGUCGCCCGAGCCCGCGGACAGCCUCGCAAACAGCUCUGCAAAGCCGAAGAAAGGUGAGUCGCGGAGUGAUGGCACGGCCAGCUGGCUAACGGCGAAGAGCGGCCGGAAAAAGCGCUGCCCGUACACCAAGCACCAGACGCUCGAGCUGGAGAAGGAGUUCCUGUUUAACAUGUACCUGACCCGCGAGCGGCGCCUGGAGAUCAGCCGCAGCGUGCACCUCACAGACAGACAGGUGAAAAUCUGGUUCCAGAACCGCCGGAUGAAGCUCAAGAAGAUGAGUCGCGAGAACAGGAUUCGAGAGCUUUCGGCCAAUUACGGGUUUUCCUGAGUCCCUUCCUGGCCCUCCGCGCGUGCCCAGUUUUAUCAUGUCUAACUGUGCAGGAGAAUAUUGCUAAUUUAUUGUCGUGUACUGUUGACGUUUUUAUCUGUUUAUAUGUCAGUAUUAUUCCACGUUUUUGUUGUGAAUAUUUGUCCUCAUUAUUUAUAAAGUUUCCAGGAAACCUUGAGUAAGGCUAUGUCUACGGGCAGAACUGACAGCGGUGGACACGUUUUCCACUAUUAGAGGGUUCACCUGGGCUAUGUGGGACGAGGUUUACUAUUGUACAUAGCAUCGGCAUCUUUGCAUGGUCAAGUCAAGUGGCUGUUAUGACUCGCUGUUAUGGACAUGUUUUUCUCACGACUCUAGCUUAAUUGCCUGAAACAUGAUUAAAGGUCGGAUGAAAAGUCUGCAUAUUUUGCUCUGUGGGGGACUGUUCUGUUUUAAAAUGGGCGCAACCCCAUGAUUGUUGAACCUGCAGAUAUUCAGUAGCGAUUAUCACUGGUGGGUUCGCCGUUUCGGUGGUCCCACAUUAUUUUAAUACUGGCCCCGAGAGUAUAUACUGUGAACGGAUGAUGUGUCGAGAAAACAAAUAAACUCAUGAACUCAUGGACACACA